AAAUCACACUCACCUCCGUUUCUUACAUCAGCUGUGAGUUAGCGUGACAGUUUCGCCAGUGGAGUAGACUAACCAUCUGGAUCGCAAAAUAUUCUCAAAUAAAAAUAUCUAAACCAUCUGUGCUUGUGUAAUUAGUAAUAUGAACGAGUGCGAAUUAAAUUUUACCAAAAUAUGCCGUUGUUGUAAGCGGGAAGAGGUUAAGAUGAUUUCAAUCUUUGAUGAUAAUAUUGAAUCCAUUCACCCUUCCAUUCCGGCAAUGCUAUUGACCAUCGCUUCUCUAAAUGUUCAGCAAAAUGAUGGUUUGCCUUCUCUCAUUUGCAAAACAUGCAUCAACAAAGUCCAAAAUGCUUAUACCUUUAGACAACAGUUGAUAAAAACAGAGGCUGAGUUGUGGGAAAUAUUAAAACAGCAAAAGGAGGUAAUAAUUGAAGAAAAAAGUGAGAAUAUAGUUAGUUUUCUAAAAUCACUGCUGAGAAAAAAUGUAGAGAAUGAUGAACCAACUGGGGAUCCACCUAAUGUAGAUCAACCAGUAACAUAUUUUUGUGAUAAAUGUGAUACAGGGUACUCUCAUGUAACAUCACUACAGAGGCAUAUGAAGUCUCUACAUGACACUUCAAUAAUAUAUGAAUGUAAAAGUUGUAAUGCCAUUAUUGCAAGUAAGGAAAAUUUAAAAGUACAUAUUCAUCUUCAUGAAAAGUCAUUUUGCUGUGAGAAUUGCAAACUUAUUUUUAAUUCUUUGCCUGAUUUGCAUGCUCACCUAUGUAGUAGCAACACAACUAACACAAGUGUUGAUUUUCAAAAGAUUGAGGCAAAUGAAGAUAUUGCAGAAUAUUUUACAGAGUUAGUAUACAAUGAGAUUGAAACUCUUGAAGUUGAAUGUGACCCAAUCUAUUUACCCCAAAAUUUGACUGAAAUUGAUGAAAAUAUUAAUUUAACUAAUAUCAAAGCAAAAGAUCUCAAAGAACAUAUUCUCCAGAAACGUAAAAUAUUUGCAUGUAAACUAUGUGGUUGCAAUUUUGCACGAUUUUAUUACAUGCAGCGUCAUUUGCGCACACAUCUCAAGCAGAAUGUGUUUAGGUGCGCCAAAUGUAAUCGCACUUAUAGCAGACAUGAAAAACUGCUUUCACAUUCGAAAUCAUGUAAGGGCGAAACGAUAUUUGCGUGUGAUAUUUGCAAUCGGACGUUUAAACGUGCGGAAAACUUGAUGUGUCAUAAAGAGAUACAUUCAAACUCGACUAUCUCGCAAAUUAAAACUUUAACCGAGGAGGAUCUGCAAGGUACGAAUGCUAAGCAAUUCUACAGUUGGAAUUAUGUGUCUGUGGAUAAUAAUACUUUAACAAUAGAGAACGCGGAUGAAGAAAGUGCUCACAGUGAUAACGAUAUUGAAGACACUGAAAGUACAGAAAAAAAGAUAAAGUUAUUUGCGUUUGUUUGCGAUAUUUGCAAUGUUGAGUUUGGUUGCCUGGAAAAACUUGAGGAACACCAUCUACUUCACCAUAAUCUUCCUAAUGUUGUUGAUUUCGAAUCAACAAAUGAAGAUAAAACAGAUUUAACUAAUGGUGAGAAUACUAGUGAUAAUUGCGAUGUUACUGCCGAACCUAAAGAUGUAUCCGAUGAAGAAUUAGUGAUGAAAAUUGAAAUUGAAGAUGAUGAAAUACAAAACAUCCCCAAACAGGAUGAAUCUGAUGGAGAUUAUUUACCAAAUGCAAGAACAAAACGCACCAGAAAGAGACGACCUGGUAGACCCAAGAAGAUCAAACCAGAAGAGACAGAACCGAUUGGAAAGUUCACAUGUCCUGUGUGCAAUGAAACUUUUGAGCGAAUUUCGCACCUUGAGUCGCACGGCAAGGAAUUUCACGCUGAUUAUCAGGUCUUGAAGUGUUCGCAAUGCGACGGAAUGUUUUCUCGUGUGUACGCACUGAAUCGACACAUGCAGCUUCAUAAAAUCGAUGUGGAUGCAACUUUAUUAGCAGCGCAAGCGGAGAACCGAGAACGAUUGAUGAAGGAAAGGCGACAUGAAUGCGAGAAGUGUCUGAAACGUUUUACAACCAAGCAGGCGAAACAGUUCCAUAUGAAGAAACACGCAGAUGAUGAGAACUUUGUAUGUCACAAGUGUUUCAAACCGUUCUUGUCCAAGAGCAACUUAAUGGAGCAUUUGCAGUUUCACGAUAAGACAAAAAAGUUCCUGUGCUCGGAAUGUGGCCAGAGUUUUACUCGGAAUGAUUAUUUGAUUAUUCACAUGAGGCGGCACCGAGGAGAGAAACCGUAUACUUGUAAAUAUUGUGGAAAAGGUUUUCCACGAGGUACUGACUUGAAAGUACACGAACGUUAUCACACUGGUGAGAAAACACAUCUGUGUGUUGUAUGUGGGCAUGGAUUUAACAGAGCUUAUAAUUUAACAGUUCAUAUGCGAACGCACACAGGCGAGAAACCUUACAAGUGUCGCUACUGUGACUCAGCGUUCGCACAAUGCAACGAUUUAAAAUCGCAUAUUCGCCGGCACACAGGCGAGAGAUUCCAGUGUGAUUUGUGCUCAUUGAACUUUAUCAUGGGUUAUGAAUUAAUCCAGCAUAAACGAAAGGAUCAUGCAGCCUGUGUCUUUCUAACUAGGAAAAUGACUGAGAGCAAUUUAAAUUUUGCCAAAAUAUGCCGUUGUUGUAAGCGGGAAGAGGUUAAGAUGGUUGCAAUCUUUAACGUUGAUAUCGAAACCACUCACCCUCCUAUUCCGGAGAUAUUAAUGACCAUUGCAUCUCUAAAUGUUGAGGAAAAUGAUGGUUUACCAUCUCUCAUUUGCAAACCAUGCAUCAACAACAUCCAAAAUGCUUAUAACUUUAGACAACAGCUGAUAAAAAUUGAAUCAGAAUUGAGGGAAAUAUUAGAAGAGAAGAAAAGCAAUGGUCUAGUUAACUUCCUAGCAUCACUGCUGAGUAAAUCUGUUGAAAAUAAUGAACCAGUUGAAGUUUGCUCUGAUGUAGAUUUAUCAAAAGGACUCUGGUAUAAAAAUAAAAAUUUGAAACCUGAGCCAAACAUUUCAGCAAAAUAUGAAUCUCAAAGUUGUGAAGAUAAUGCUGAUGGAAGAUUAGAGGACCACUUAAACAAUUCUGAUGAUAUGAAAACACUUGAUUUUAAACUUCACCAUAAUCAGCCCAAAAUUACUGAUUGUGAAUCAACAAAUGAAGAUGAAACUUACUUAGCCAGUGGUGAGAAUACUAAUGAUAACUACGAUGUCUCUGCCGAAACUAAAGAUAUAUCCGAUGAAGAAUUAGUGAUGAAGAUCGAAAUUGAAGAUGAUGAAAUACAAAAUAUCACCAAACAGGAUGAAUCCGAUGGGGAUUAUUUACCAAAUGCAAGAGCAAAACGCACCAGAAAGAGACGACCUGGUAGACCCAAGAAGAUCAAACCAGAAGAGAAAGAACAGAUUGGAAAGUUCCCAUGUCCUUUGUGCAAUGAAACUUUCGAGCGCAUGUUGCAGCUUGAAUCGCACGGCAAGGAAGUUCACCCUUAUUGUGAGGUCUUCAAGUGUCCGCAUUGCGAUAAAAGGUUUUCUCGUGUGUAUACAUUUAAUCGACACAGGAAGGUUCAUGUGGAUGUGGAUGCAUCCUUGUUGGCAGCGCAAGCAAAGAAUCGAAAACGACUUAAGAACGAACGACGAUAUAAAUGCGAGAAGUGUCCGAAACGUUUUACAAGCAAGCAGGCGAAACAGUUUCAUUUGAUGAGACACCCAGAUGAUGGGAACUUUUUUUGCCUCAAGUGUUUUAAACCUUUCUUGUCCAAGAGCAACUUAAUAGAGCAUAUGAAGUGUCACGGUGAGGUAAAACCGUUUGUGUGCUCGGAAUGUGGACUGAGUUUUAUUCGGAAUGAUCAUUUGAAUACGCACAUGAAGCGGCACAUAGGAACGAGACCGAAUCUUUGUAGAUAUUGUGGAAGAGGUUUUCCACGGGAUACUGACUUGAAAGCACACGAAGGUUAUCACACUGGUGAGAAAACACAUAUUUGUACUAUAUGUGGGAUGAAUUAUAGCCGAGCUUAUUGUUUAACACUUCAUAUGCGAAUCCACACAGGCGAGAACCCUUAUAAGUGUGAAUAUUGUGACGCUCAAUUUACAAACCCAUCCUCCUUGACCAAACAUAAACGAAGACGCCAUGUUUGAGUUGAGAAUAUAAGACUUUCAAUUUUUAAUUGCAUGCUUGCAAUUUGGAUGUAGUCAAUAAAUAUUUAUGUAAAAUGUAUUUAUUAAAAUAAUUUUGUUGAGAAACUGGAUUUCUGAUGAUGCCCACAGGGCGAAACAUGUAAAACUCCCAAACAAAAUUGUAAAAUCCAAGAAAAUCACAAAAUUAUUUUAAUAAAUACAUUUUAUAAACCAUGGAUUACGUAUUCAACUUAGAAAAUAAUAAAAAUAUUUAUGUUUUAUUUAAAAA